AGCAUCGGGGAACCGGGAAACCGGGAAGACUGGGAGCCACAGCAUCGUGGAAACGGGAAUCCAGAGAACCGGGAGCACCGGGGAAACGGGGAGCCGCGGCACCGGGGAAACGUGAAACCGGGAGCAUCAAGGAAUCGGGAGCAAUGGGGAGGCGCAGCACCGGGUAACCGGGAGCACUGGGAGCCGCAGUACCGGGGAAACGGGAAACCGGGGAACUGGGGAGCCGUGGGCAUCGGGAAACCGUGAGUACUGGGAAGCCGCAGCACUGGGGAAACGGGAAAAUGGGCAACCGGGGAGCGGGAAAACCGUGGGAACCAGAGAACCGGGAGGACAAGGGAGAUGCAGCAACCGAGAAACGGGAACUCAGGGAACGGGAAAAUCAUGGGCAUCGGGGAAUCGAGACUGCGGAGGAACUGGGAAGCCACAGGAUCGGGGAAACGGGAAACAGGGCACCCGGCAGUCGUGGGAACCAGGGAACCGGGGAGUGGUGGGCACAGAAAAACCGAGGGCACCGGGAAAGGGUUAACCGUGGCACUGGAGAGCUGCAACACUAGGAACAUGGGGAAACAGGUGUCGACUUCAAGAUGAAGACCAUCGAAGUGGAUGGGAUCAAGGUGCGAAUACAGAUCUGGGACACAGCUGGCCAGGAGCGGUACCAGACCAUCACCAAGCAGUACUACCGGAGGGCACAGGGCAUUUUCCUGGUGUACGACAUCAGCAGCGAGCGCUCCUACCAGCACAUCGUGAAGUGGGCCAGCGACGUGGAUGAGUACGCACCUGAUGGCGUCCAGAAAAUCCUCAUCGGGAACAAGGCGGACGAGGAGCACAAGAGGCAAGUGCCCAAAGAGCAAGGGCUGCAGCUGGCCAGGGAAUACGGGAUGGAUUUCUACGAGACCAGCGCCUGCAGCAACCUCAACAUCAAGGAGUCCUUCACGCGGCUGACAGAGCUGGUGCUGCAGGCGCACCGCAAGGAGCUGGACGAGCUGCGGGGGCCACCCCGCCCCCCCACCCUGGCCCGGCUGGAGGAGGAUGAGCAGCAGCCCCUGGGGAGCGAGGACACCCCCAAAACCUGCUGGUGUUGAAGGCUGGGACCCCCCUGACCCCUCCUCCCCAGGGUGUGUCGGGGGGCAUGGUAGGGGCAGGACUGGGGCAGCCCCCAUGGAGUGGGGGUCAACACGGGACAUCCCCAGGGACAGGGGGGAUGGGAGGGUGGCAAGGGGGGGCCCCUCAUCCUGGCACCUGUGCCCCCCUAGGUUUGCAAAUAGGGUGGGGGCUGUCCAGGCACUGUGUGCCCAGCCUGUGCCACCCCAUGUCUGUGGGACCCCUGGUUUUACACAAUGGUUUGCAGAAUAAAGGUGAUGCUGGAGGGGCUGGUGGUCCGUGUGCUCCAGGGGGGCUGUGGGUGUGAUGCCAUGGCAGCAGGCACAGCCUGGGCAUGGACACCCGAGCGGUGAUCAAUAAUUGAGGGUGAUCUGGGGCUGCCAGCAUGGUGUCCCCUUUCCAGGCUGGGCACACACAUGGGGUAUGGUGCCCGUGGGGUGCCAUGGCCACCACCAUGGCCUGCCAGGCUACCAGGUCAGCCCCAACUGUGGGAACAGGGCU